AUGAAAGUACAAAACUUGAAACAUGACUGCAAUAUAGCAUUAAAUCCCAACGAUAUAGAGAAUCUAUGUUAUCGUUACUUAAAGGAUCAUGGAGAGGAGGAAGAAGUAAAUAUUGAAGUUAUUGAUUAUAAUUUAAAGCCUGUGUCUGAAGAUCUUUCUGGAUUUUUUGGUUAUCAUCGUUUCUUAACAGUUAAUAUCUCCAAACAUAAAGAUAAAGACAAUGAAAAGGCAUUACAAACCAUAAGAUUUUUUACCAAAACAGCCCCCAUAGAAAUAGAAUCACGUAUGGAGUACUUGGAACAAUUUGGGGUUUACAAAAAGGAAAUGUCAGUUUUUAGUGAAGUUUUGCCUAAAUUGGAGGAAAUUUUUUCGGGAAUUUCACCCAAAUGUUAUUAUGCUGAUAAUACUUUGUUGGUUUUGGAGGAUUUAAAUUUGCUGCAGUAUAAAAUGGCAGCCGGGCGAGAUGGUUUGUUAGAUUAUCCACAUUUAAAAUGUACCGUUAAAACUUUGGCUGCCAUGCAUGCGGCCUCGAUAGUUUAUGAGGUCAAGGAAAAGCAGAAGUUCAAUGUAUUACAUGCAGAAGCUUGUGUGGAGAAUGCUUAUCCCUUAAAUUAUCCAAAGGAACACAUGCGCUAUCAGAACUUCCGUAAUGCUUUAAAAGUUUUCAAGGAAUUUAUUAAACUUAUGCCUAAAUAUAAAAAUAAUUUAGAGGAAAUUUUAAAUAACUUGCAAACUAAAAUGGCUGUUAUAUAUCCCAUGGCUCAGACUUCUACAAAAUAUCAAAAUGUUUUUUCUCAUGGUGACAUGUGGGCCAAUAACGUCAUGUUCCAGUAUGCUGAAGAUGGCAAAACACCCAUACAAGCACGUUUUGUGGACUUCCAAUUGGCUCGCUAUGCUCCUCCUAUGUUGGAUUUAAUUACCAUUUUAACUAUACCUACUUCUCGAGAAUUUCGGUCCAAAUAUCUAAUGGAUUUGUUAAUGGAUUAUUACACUUUUAUGAAGGAAUUUCUACAGCAGCAAAAUCUUUCUAUAGACGAUUUUAUACCGCCAGAACAAUUUUAUGAAUCUUUCAAAGAAUUUCGCGGUUGUGGUUUAAUAGAGUCCUGCUUCUUUUCCCACUUGACUAUUUUGCCUCCCGAGUGCACCGAAAAUUUGGCAGGUUCUACGGAUGGUUUCACCGAUUUCUUUGAACGAAAGAGAGUGGAAAUUUGUUUGAAAGCUUUUAAUACGGAUCGAGUAUAUCGUGAGAGGUUAACGGAUAUGUUGGAGGAUUUAGUGGAUAAUUAUGUCUUAGGAAUGUAGAUUCUAAAAAUUGCGCUUAAAAGAAAAUAAAUGUGAAUUAUUUUCCUUA